AUGUCUGCUAGCAGAACAGCUUCCUCUCACACUAGAGAGAUAGCACGGAGAAAAUCUGAGGGAACUUUGAUUGACUUGGACAAGAAAAAACCUUCAACAAGCUGUGAGUUGCCAGAUGAUGAAGAGAAUACAUUGGAUUCAAUCAUUGACUGGCCUGAGGUGUUCAAACAACAUGCUCAGACUGUUUCCAAGACUAAUCCUUUCCGGAAUGAACUGUCAGCAUCCAACCCAUUUGUAUAUGAUGUAGCUCAGUUAAGUAACAGUGACAAGAACAAUAAACAAAUUUCUAUCUUAAAAGAAGACCCCUAUCUGUUCUCCAGAGAUUCAAGCAACAGGGAUUCUUUUGCUUCAUCAGGUGAUGAGCUAGAUAUUGAUCAUCUUCUAAGAAAGGCUUCAGCAGGGAAAUCUGGGAGAUCUAAGAGUGCAUCUGAGCUUUUGGACAUUGUAGAUACCAAAAGAUUUGAUCCUGACACCACAGCACCCUCUGACCAGAUUUUAGCUGCAGACAUGGAAUGGCUUCAAAAUGACCGUGAAGCCUACAAAAUGGCUUGGUUGAGUCAUCGACAGCUGGCCCGAUCUUGUCUAGAUUUGGAUGUGAUGAGUCAUAGUCCUGGAUGGGCACAAACACAACCUACAGACACUCAUGUAGUUUGUAAACUGAAUCAUGAAGGGGGUUCAGUGCAGCUACCUGACUCGGAUAUCACCGUUCACAUCCCUGAGGGUCAUGUAUCACCUGGGGAAUUCCAAGAAGUUGGUUUAAGGGCUAUUCUGAACCCUCCCCCAUCACUUAAUCAUGAUCUUUCAAGCACUGUGAGCCCACUGAUAGAACUCACUUUAAGUAACCUCAACACAAUGGAAGCUAUUUUACUAGAAAUGAAAAUUGCAGCUGAAGUGAAGAAGGAUCCUUUCAGUCAAGUUAUGACUGAAAUUAUGGGUUUUUAUAGUCUCAACAAAGAAGGUCCUUUUGAAAAGCUACACAACUGCUACAUUUACAAAGAUACCAUACAAGUGAAGUUGACAGACCUGAGUCAGGUGAUGUACAUAGUGGUUGCAGUACAAGCGAACCCAGUUCAGUCUCUGACUACAUCUGUUUGGGAAUACAUCCACAGAAAUCUCUCCAUUGGAAUUUAUGGGCCCAAACAUAUUCAUCCUUCUUUCACUGCUGUUUUUACAGUCUUUGGUCAUAACUACAUUCCAGAAAAACUCACAGUUUGUGACAUUAAAAAGGGUGGAAAGAGCAUGCCACCAGUGGUGUUUAAUCUGUGGGGAAAGCAUACAUUUUUACUUGAUAAGCCACAAGAUCUAAGUGUUUCUUUGAUAUCCUGUGAUCCUGAUUUUGAAGUGAAGGUGGAAGAUCAAAGCAAAGAAAUUAAAGAAGGGCAGUUGAAAGCAGGGGAAGUUGUCAACCAGCAGUUUCCAUUUUCUGUACUUGGAACUGGGGAAAUGCAUUUGUUCACAUUCCUAGUUCAGAUUAAAGUCCCAAACAACAAUCUAGUGACCCAGUUCCCUAUUACAACUCCUGAUCCAGCUCCAAAGUUAACUGGGAUGACUAGUAAGCCAAAUCGUUUACAGAAACGCAAAGAGAUCAAAUCUGCUCCUUUUUUACUGACACCAACAGUUAAAUACCCCAAGUUUCAAGAUAAGACUUUAAAUAUUACCAGCUACGGAGUGGCCUUGAAAACUGUGUUUCGUCAAAAUAAGAUUGACUAUUUACUAGAAUAUUUUAAAGGGGACACAAUAGCAUUUCUUGGUGAAGAUAAAGUGAAAGCGAUUGGACAAACUAAAGUUAAAGAAUGGUAUGUGGGGGUUCUUCGAAGAAAGAUUGGUUUAGUGCACUGUAAAAAUGUAAAAGUGAUUUUAAAAGAACAAGCUAUAGAUAUCACUGAUAGUGUGCUGCCAACCAGGAAUCUUUUGGAACAAAUUGCACUGCCUUUUAAGAAAUUGACAUAUAUCUAUUCCUUAGUCCUAUCCACGGUAUCGGAGAGAGUUUACAACUGGAAAGCUUUGGCUGAUGUGCUAGGAUAUUCACAUAUGUCAUUGGAUGAUUUCAGUGAGGUACCAGCAGAUAAAGAAUCAGAAAGAGUCGCAUAUGUGGUGAAGAAAUUGAAGGAAGAUUGCCAUGCUAACAGACCCAGAAGGCAGUUUCUUUAUGAGCUUAUUGUUGCACUUCUGAAGUUAGAUUGCCAAGGAUUAGUAGCCCGUCUUACCCAGGACACUGUACUUUUGACUUCGGCCGUCAAGCUUGGCAAAUGCUGGAGAGAGCUGGCAGAAAGAUUAGCCCGACUCACAAAACAACAGAUUGAGGCUUAUGAAGUACCUCACCGAGAGAGAAGUGGAGAAGUUGCCCUGGAGAUGAUGUGGAAACCUGCAUACGAUUUUCUGUACACAUGGGGCGCUCACUAUGGGGACAGCUAUAGAGACGUGUUACAAGACCUGCAGUCAGCUUUGGACAAAAUGAAAAACCCUUUGACCAAACAGUGGCGAGAGUUAACUGGAGCUUUGAUUCUAGUGAACUGCAUGGAGAUCUUAAGGGCAAAUGCUUUCCCCAAGAAGGAGGAAGACUAGAAUCCCAAAUUCUUUUAUGGACUAUCUAUUGGAAAACUAUGGUGUUGAUUUUUAUACUCGUCAAUUAUUUUUAAGACCCUGAUUUUCCAAAAGAGAACAGAUCCUUUCAUUUUAGCUCAUUUUUUCUGCACUUAUAUGUGUUACAUACAGCACAGACCACGUGGAACACAAUUUAUCUGAAGGACUUUCGGGGCAUGCAGAAUAAUAUUCUGAGGACCAUGCA